AUGCGCUGUCACCAACUACUUCAGCUUGUUCUCUUUGUAUCGGCAUCGUUGGGCAGCCCGGUGUCUUCGUAUACGUCGGAAGAAGCUCACGAUGUCCCAGACAUCUUUAACAAGCUAUUCAACACAUCCGCAAACCAUAUUCCCUUCAGCACUGGCAUAUACCAAGAGCUAUCUCAGCUCGAAGCCAAGAUAUCAGGCAUCGCAACAGGCAAAAUCAAGCCAGUCUCAACAAUUGAAGAAGGCCUCUCAAUCCUCUCCUCAAUUCCACACACCAACAACCAAACAAUCCUCCAAAGAGCCAUCGAUAUAGUAUCCCUAGGUCUAGUCCCAACAAACAUCCUCGACAUUCUCAACGGCAUAACAAACCACGAAAUAAACUCCAUAGCCAACAAUAACCCAAAAGACCCAAGUCCACGAAUCCACCCAACAAAAUUCUUCUACGACGCACCCUACGACAUCCCCGAAACAACCCUCCGCAGCGCAAUCCACAUCCCCCAAACCUUCUCCUACGGCAAAAACAACAAAAUACCCGUCCUCCUACUCCCGGGCACCGCUAAUCCAGCUGGUAGCACCUACUUUUUCAACUAUGCGAAGCUCUUCGCCGCAAACCCACACACAGACCCAGUAUGGGUGAACAUCCCGGGCAACUCGCUGGGUGAUAUCCAAAGCAACGCAGAGUACGUUGCAUACGCAAUAAAUUACAUCUCGGGACUCUCCCAGCGUUCCAUUGGGGUGCUAAGCUGGUCACAGGGCAGUUUAGAUGUGCAAUGGGCGCUAAAAUACUGGCCAUCGACACGAGCUGCGGUAAGCGACUUCAUGACUGUCAGUGGUGAUUUCCACGGGACAGUUGUUGAGACGCUGUGCGUGCUUGCCGAGCCAGUUUGUUCGCCUGCUGUGCAGCAGCAGGGAUAUAAGGCGAGGUUCAUUCAGGCUUUACGUGGUGGGGAUGGGGAUUCGGCGUUUGUGCCGACGACAAGCGUGUACUCUGGGUAUGACUGCGUUGUCCAACCGCAGGGUGGGGAGCGGGCUUCUGCGGCGCUGGGGGAUGUACGUAAGGUUGGGGUGGCGAAUGUACAGGUACAGGUUGCUUGUGCAGGGCGUGCUGCUGGGGGAUCUUAUUCACACUCGGCUAUGUUGGUUAAUCCUUUGGCUUAUGCUUUAUUUGUUGAUGCUGUAUUGCACGAUGGGCCUGGGCGGUUGGAGAGGAUUGAUCUGGAUGCUGUUUGUAGGGAGAUGCUUGCACCUGGUUUGGACGUGGAAGACUUUUUGGGGAUGGAGGCUGUGUCGAAUGUGGUUGGGGCGCUUGAUGUGUUGUUGUAUGGAUAUAACGAAAAUGGGGAGCCACCGCUUAGGGACUAUGUUCAUCACUAG